AGAUAUGUCUGGACAUGUCUCGCUGUAAGUGACACAUGCCUGUAAAAAUAAUUUUAGUUGCUGGCAUCAGUCCUCAAUCUCUGCCAGCUGUCUCCGUCACCCGCUCGUACUGUUUGUUCUUUCGCGGUCGCCGUACGUCAUUGUUGACAACAGUCAUGGCGUCCUCAAUGUCACUUCUCGGCUUGGGACGUUUAACUGUGAUCAAUGCAGCUUCUAAAGUGUUCCUGAAUCCUAUCAGGUCUACAAGCACAUCAACAUCGAGGCUGGCAGAGAAACCAGGACAAGACACGCAACUUAUUACAGUUGAUGAGAAAUUGGACAUCUCUACUGUGACAGGGGUCCCAGAGGAGCACAUCAAAACACGCAAGGUUCACAUUUUUGUCCCUGCUAAAACAGCCAUGCAGUCAGGAAUCAACAGCACCAAAAAGUGGAAGAUGGACUUUGAUACCAGGGAGCGCUGGGAGAACCCGCUCAUGGGCUGGGCCUCAUCGGCCGAUCCCUUAUCCAACAUGGUGCUCUCUUUCUCCUCCAAGGACGAUGCUAUUGCUUUUGCUGAGAAGAAUGGUUGGAGCUAUGAUAUAACAGAGAAGAGGACCUCAAAGCCCCGGGUGAAAUCCUACGGCGCAAACUUCUCCUGGGACAAGAGGACCAGGAGGUCCGCAAAGUAAACUGAAGACACACAUCUGUUAGUUGGCUUGACCUCAGUUUGUCCCACGGAGGACCUGUAUCAUUCUUGUCAAUAAAUGCAUAAUUAUAUAUGUGGAAACCAAA